GAACCGACGGGCCUACGGUGUAACAGUGGCACACGGAGUUAUAGUGUUGUGUUGUGAAGUGUUACGGAUUUUUUUGCCAUGGUAUUAUAAUGGUGAUAAACUGUUAACAUUGGAAUGACCUCCAACGCGGUCACAGUGUGUCAAGCCUCUCUUGAAGAUGAAAUGCUCCUGGCCCACGGCAGUGUUCUUUUUGAUAUGCUUAACGCAGACCACUACCGGACAUAGGCCUCUCCCGUUCAAAAGGCUCUGCAAUGAUGUUGCAUCGAAGAGGAAUCACACACUGAAACCCAGAGUAGUUCUGCCGGAAAACUAUGUCAAAGAAAUGCGGCCACCGGCGCGUAAGGGCCAGCCGGUUAUCGUGGAGUUCAGCAUCUACGUAGUAGACGUCAACUCCAUCAAUGUUGAGGACAUGGAUUUCAGAGUGGACAUGUUCAUAAGGCAGACUUGGAGUGAAAGUCGACUACAGCUACCGGAAGACAUCUUCGAGGAAGGUGAUGACCACGUAACCUUACCGCCAGAAUUCUUUGACAACCUCUGGCAUCCAGACCCUUACUUUUUGAACUCCAAGGUCACAGAAAUCGCCGAACUAACUCACAAGUUUUCAUCAGUGACGCUGUACAGAAAUCAAACCGUGCGGUAUUCAGCCAGGAUGCACGCGAUCAUCGCCUGCCAAAUGGAAUUUCAACUUUAUCCCAUGGACAUACAGUCGUGUCCCAUUUACAUUGAAAGCUUCUCAUACAGUAAUCAAAAAGUCCGGUUUCGUUGGAGCGAAGCCGGUGUCACAAUUAACCCGGAGCUGAAACUUCUGCAAUAUCACAUCGGAGAGCCAUUGAGGCUUGAGGAAACUAAUGGAUACAUGAUCGAUAAAGACGGUAACUACUCAAGAUUAGUAGUAUACUUCAGGUUCGAGAGGCAAAUCGGUCAUCACUUGAUCCAAACCUUCGCUCCAUCUUCUCUAGUCGUGAUGUUAUCCUGGUUCAGUUUCUGGCUAGAUCUGGAUGCAAUUCCUGGACGAGUGACGUUAUUAGUAACAUGCAUGUUGACGUUAGUCACCAUGUUCACUGGACUGAGGGCUGAUAUUCCACCAGUGGCUUAUGUAAAGGCUCUAGACCUUUGGAUGGCUGGCUGUAUGAUGUUCGUAUUUGCUGCUCUCGGAGAGUUUGUCGUCGUCAAGGUGUUGGACAAGCAAUAUCAGAUGAACAAGACCAAAGCCCAGGAGUCCAUGCCAAGGAUCAUUCCGGUGCGUUUGAAUGGAGAGAAGGGUUCUUGUGGGACCCUGGCGGCUUGGGAGGGCAGCCAGGUCAGGUGUCGUAAGGUGGACCUGACGUCUCCUACGUCACCUCCAGCAGCCACGCCGGCAGUGCACCCGGCACCAUCAGCUACGCAUGCCACCGCUCACCUGGUCGGCGUUGAACGACGGCAGAGCAUUCUUCAGGUUGCCUGGCUAGACGCCGACACAGGUCAAGAACGAGUGCUGUGGAGGGAGAUCGACAAACUCUCUCGAGUGGUAUUCCCAGCACUAUUCCUCCUCUUCGUCACCAUGUACUGGCCUGUCCUCCUCCUCAAAACGAAGACCUCUUCAUAACAAUUAGAUUUCUCGAGCCACACUGUCGCUGCCUAAAAACAUUGGUCGCAAAUCAAUGUUGUAUUAAGGCUUCAGAAAUGCCUCUAAUGUCGACUGAAAGUCAUGUAAGCACAAAAUGAAAGGCUUUACUGAAUCGACUAGGUUAUUACUUAUUAGGCCUUUUGAAUUAUUUCGUAUGAAAUGUCAUAUUGGAGUUUCUGAAUGUUGGUUUUGUCGGGGAUUAAAUGAAAGGUAACCGCACAGUUACGAAUAUUGCUCGCGUUACGUAACAUAACACUGUGACUGUCGUGGCGAGUUUUUUUUGCUUGAUAGGACUUUUUAAAAUGUGAAGGCAUUUAUACUGAGUGCUAUAGUAGUUUGGCUCGAAGAUAAGAAGACAAAAACCAAGAAAAAGUCUCCUUAGGAUUUACAUAAGUCAGUAAAAAACUAGAACACUUUGAUCUCAAAGUGUGACAUCGAAACGAGGGCUCUUUUGCGUUCGAGUUCUGUGUUAAUCUAACAGCUCGGUUUUAUUUUCAAAGGUAUAGCGACGAAAUUAUCUCGAUUAAAAAUAUUGUAGGAAUCUACAGCUCAAUUUGUUUUUUGCGAACAAGAAAAUCUCAAAAUUUUCGUGAGAGAGGAAAAAUACAACGAUGUUGCUACCCUAUGAAAUAUACUUGAACAAAAAAAAUUUUAGGAGAAUGUACAGUUAUUAGUUUUUAAAAAGGGUGAGGGUAUCUUGAAUGUAGAUAUAGUUAUAAGUAGAUGCUUGAAAAUAUUUUCAAAAAUUAUAAUAAAAUAUGAGACACAAACGUAACAAAAAAAAAUGCACAAAAUAAAGUCGUAAACUAUGUGGAGAUGUUUAAAGAUUUAUAUUUUUUUCUGGAAAUAUAUAUCUUAAGAAAUGUGCUGUAUAUUUAUUUGAAUAAAGUUCAAAAUACGUAGACAUUUUAUUGUUAUUGUAAUAUAGGGUUAAGGUGCUCAUAGAUUAGCUAUUUAAUAGAGCAUUGUUAUACAAAAGUUGUUGUUUUAAAGUCAAGUUGUAAUCAGAUUACAAAUAAAAUUUGUUUUUCUAAAGUUUCUAGACAUUAAAAUAUAUAACGCGUGUUUACUUUAUGGGUAUCUAUCUAUAUAUCUUCUGUUUUUUGAGUAGAAGAUGAUUCUUUACAUGAGUAGGACAAAAUAUGAUAAAAUGAUUUUAAUGUAGAUAUAAUAACAAGUCUGGAAUUAUGCUCGGUUAUAUAUAUAUAUAGGUAAUAACUAGUCAUACAUACACAGAUCUUUCCUGCAGAUCUGCUUGAACCUGUUACCUGACGAUUAAAUCUGUAUGUCUAUGAAAAAAGGCACGGAUACACAUUGAAGAUCAAACAAUCAAAUUUUUUGUAUAUGUAUAGUUUUAUUGAACAUUUGAACAUCACGUUAGAUUGUACAGCAUACCACGUACAUUUUAUUAACUCGUCGAGUACCG